UCGGCCACCGAGAGAUCGCGAUCACCUUGGACACUCCCGACGUGGUUCCCUUGACAAAUACCCGGAUUUAUUUUUACGACCAUAAUGACGUCGUAUGGUCUACUGGAUCAACCGGACGAAGAUGGACUCCACAAGUCCCGCCUCUUGAACGUCGAAGAAAAACCAUUCAAGCGGAUUUCGAAACGCCUUCUGAACAGCGAUUCUAUUGUGGUAUCCAACGCGACGCUCCCUCCCACCCCUCCGCCCGAUGGAGCGGACGACGAUGCGACAGCAGCGGCCGAGGCGGAGAAACAGAAACGACUCGAGGAAUGGCGCCAUUUCCGUGAAGACGUCGCUUUGGACUUUGCCGCAUUCGAAGGCAGUAUUGCGCGCAUCCAAUUCGUCCUGACAAGUAACGAAAAGGAGCGCGAGCGAUAUGCAGCUGAGAAGCUUCGAAUUCUUGAUACAAUGCAAUCGGUGCGCGACAACACAGCAGACUUGCGGGUACAGCUAGAGGAGGCACAGCGUCUGCUGGCCCUGCGCAAAAGCUACGAUGAACUGGCGGAGAAAAUUACCAGCAACCGGCUCUUGAAGCCGCGAGAAGAUCAACAAGCCAAUCUACAAAAACUACAGGCGGAAAUUACCGAGCUGGAAAAGGAGAGCAAGGAGUACGCACAGACAUGGGGAGAACGACGAGAACAAUUUGGCCGGAUUGUGGAAGAAGGAAUGCAGCUGCGUCGUCUCAUCCGUGACGAGAAGGAGGAGGUCGAGCGUAGAGAAGGCAUGCAGGAGGGAGAGGACGGAGAUGACGGGGAUGUCCCCUCGAAAGGAAAAUCUAGUGGGGCUAAUACUCCCCGUCACGAGUCCGACAGUCUGACUCCUUCUCAACAUGGUCAAGAUGAUCUUGGCCGAUCGCCUGCUGGAUUGCAGGUGGACAGGGCGAGUACAGCCGGCGCAGCAUCACCCUUACGACAAGUAACCGCAGUAGACGACGAGAAGAAGACAGUCCCCGAUCAGGACAUUACGAUGGAAGAUGAGGGUGAGGUGGCCGAAGAGCUGGAAGAAGGAGAAGAGGUUCAAGAUGACCGUGCAGAUAAAAUGGACACUACCUGAUUAUCGGGGAAUUUUUCUACCACUCAUUGAGCAAGGAGUCCGGUCGGUGGCGUUCGCAUUAGGGUGACUAUCAAAUCACGUCAAUUUUUUGCUUUUAUUCAGGGGCAAUUUAUUAAAUAUUUCCUCAUGAUGGGGUUAAGUACAUGUGC